UGUCCCUCUUUCUCUCUCUCUCUGUCCAUCUGCAAAGACAGCCAGAGAGAGAGCUGCCAAAUAAGGGGAAAGAAGAAGUUGUUCUUUUUCUUCGUUCAAAAGCAGAGCCCUAACCUACAUGCGGUUCGGAUCCGGAUCCUCAAAGAUCCGAUUCACAUAUAUCUCUGUAGUUUCCAAUCUGAUCUGAUCCAAAACGAACCCACCCGACCUUAACAAAUGACGCGUCGCUGCUCGCAUUGCAGCCACAACGGGCACAACUCUCGGACAUGCCCGAACCGAGGGGUGAAGCUUUUCGGAGUCCGGUUGACUGACGGGUCGAUUCGGAAGAGCGCCAGUAUGGGUAACCUGAGCCAAUACUCCGGGUCGAAUUCCGGCGCGCAUAACGGGAACGGGUCGGGUUCGCCCGGUGAGGGUCCGGAUCACGCUGAAGGUUAUGCUUCAGAGGAUUUUGUCCCCGGGUCGUCUUCGAGUCGUGAAAGAAAAAAAGGUGUUCCUUGGACGGAAGAGGAGCAUAGGAUGUUUCUACUUGGUCUGCACAAGCUUGGGAAAGGCGAUUGGCGUGGAAUCUCACGCAACUAUGUUAUAUCAAGGACUCCUACUCAAGUGGCUAGCCAUGCUCAGAAAUAUUUCAUCAGGCAGUCCAAUGUUUCUAGGAGAAAAAGACGUUCCAGUCUAUUUGAUAUUGUUGCAGAUGAACCAGUGGACACUGCAAUGGUAUCACAGGAUUUAUUCUCUGCAAACCAUCUCCAAGCUGAAACUCAGAGCAAUGACCAGUUACCUGUUCCGCCUCCAUUGGAUGAAGAAGAUGAAUCAAUGGAUUCCAACAACUCAAAUGAUGGGGAAACUGUUCCUCCAAAGUCAGAGAGCUCGCAACCCUGUUACCCAGUAGUAUAUCCUGCUUACUUCCCACCAUUCAUUCCAUUUUCCUUUCCAUAUUGGAUGGGUGGUAAUACAGAACCAACCAAGAAGGACACACAUGAAGUGGUCAAGCCAACAGCGGUACAUUCAAAGAGCCCAAUCAAUGUUGAUGAGCUGGUGGGCAUGUCAAAAUUAAGUUUGGGAGAAUCUAUUGGUGAUAAUGGCCCAUCCUCUCUUUCAUUAAAACUUCUUGAUGGUUCAUCUAGGCAGUCUGCUUUCCAUGCUAAUCCUGCUUCUGGUAGUUCAAGCAUGAAUUCAAGUGGGAGCCCCAUCCAUGCAGUUUAAGCCCCAACUUUUUCUGAGCUUAAUGUCUUAGGUUAGCUCAGGGUUUGCGAGCAGUACAGGUCAUUGUUAAUAGAAGACUAAUAAUGUGCAGUCUGGUCUGGGUUUAGUUAUAUAUUUCUUUUGUGGGAUCAACUCAAUAAGUUUGUUUUCUUUUUUUUUUAGUAACUUAAUUCAAUGUUUAGCUUUAGGUUGUAGCAUCUUGUCAGAAAUUAUUUGAAUCCUUAACAGUCUCUGUUUGUCA